CCGGUUAGCGCCUGCGCAGACAGGAGAGGAAGAGAAAGCUUGAGCCAGAUCAGCAGCCGUAGUCGGUCGGAGCGCCGGCCGUGGGGCAUUGUGGGAGAAGAUGGCGGCCGCCGUACACCCCCGGUUCGUCCGGGCUCUGCCAAUGUCACGUUCUGCUAUUUCUGCAGUAGCCACAUCUGUGGUUUAUGGUCUACCCUGUCGCCAGCUUCAUCAUGCUCUCAUUCCUCAUGGAAAAGGUGGGCGUUCUUCUGUCAGUGGGGUUGUGGCUACUGUGUUUGGAGCAACAGGCUUCCUGGGCCGAUAUGUUGUCAACCAUCUUGGACGGAUGGGGUCACAGGUGAUCAUACCCUAUCGGUGCGAUCCUUAUGACGUUAUGCAUCUUCGGCCCAUGGGUGAUCUGGGUCAGAUUAUCUUUCUGGAAUGGAAUGGGAGAGACAAAGAUUCUAUCCGAAGAGCGGUGGAGCACAGCAAUGUGGUCAUUAAUCUUGUUGGACGAGACUGGGAAACCAGAAACUUUGAUUUUGAGGAUGUCUUUGUGAAGAUUCCCCAAACAAUAGCUCAAAUUUCUAAGGAAGCUGGAGUUGAAAAAUUCAUCCAUGUUUCCCAUCUGAAUGCAAAUAUUAGAAGCUCUUCUAGAUAUCUGAGAAAUAAGGCUGUUGGAGAGAAUGAAGUGAGAAAUGCAUUUCCAGAAGCUACAAUCAUAAAACCUUCAGACAUCUUCGGAAGAGAAGAUAGAUUUCUCAACCAUUUUGCAAAUAUUCGUUGGUUUGGUGGUGUACCUCUUAUUUCCUUGGGCAGGAAGACCAAAUGUUUAUCACAUGUUAUUUCUUUUUCCAGAUGGAUAGCAAGACUCUUUGAAAUAAGCCCAUUUGAGCCCUGGACAACGAGGGAUAAAGUGGAACGGAUACACAUCACAGACAUGACACUGCCUCAUCUGCCUGGCUUAGAAGACCUUGGUAUUCAGGCAUCUCCGCUGGAACUCAAGGCCAUUGAAGUGCUGCGGCGUCAUCGCACUUAUCGCUGGCUGUCUUCUGAAAUUGAGGAUGUGAAACCUGCCAAGACUGUCAACGUUUAGUGCCCCUUGAACAGCCUUGAUUUCUGGUGUCGUUUGGAUCACCUGGCUAGUAAGCAACUUACAUUCUUUAGAGGAUCCUGUACAUAGUGAAUAAGAUCCUUCUAUUAAACAUCCAGGAGUAAA